AUGGCUCUGCUGGAGCGGAUCCUGAAAGCCCGUCAGCGCCCGGCGGCCGGGCGGAGCGGGCUUCUGGGCGGCUGGGACGCUGGGCAGCCCCGGCCCGCGGGCUCCGGGCUCCGGGUGCGGGCGCGGGCCGAGGACAAAGGAGCGGGGCGGCCAGGGGUGUCGCAGGCCGGGGGCCGGGCACAGGGGCCCCGAAGCCUCGCCGCCAUGCCGGGGCCCCGGACGCUCGCCAACCUGGUGGAGUUCUUUGGGAAGGACGGCUUCAGCCGCAUCCACGAGAUCCAGCAGAAGCACACUCGGGAAUACGGGAAAAUCUUCAAGUCUCACUUCGGUCCUCAGUUUGUAGUGUCUGUUGCAGACCGCGACCUGGUGGCCCAGGUGCUCCGCGCGGAGGGGGCUUCGCCCCAGAGAGCCAACAUGGGGUCCUGGCAGGAGUACCGAGACUUGCGGGGCAGAUCCACUGGCCUUAUCUCUGCGGAGGGUGAACAGUGGCUCAAGAUGAGAAGUGUGUUGAGACAAAGAAUUCUGAAACCGAAAGAUGUGGCCAUUUUUGCAGGAGAAAUCAACCAAGUUAUUGCUGAUUUAAUUAAAAGAAUCUACUUCCUCAAGAGCCAGGCAGAAGAUGGAGAGACACUGACCAACAUCAAUGACCUUUUCUUCAAAUACUCAAUGGAAGGAGUGGCCACCAUCCUUUAUGAAAGUCGUCUGGGCUGCCUGGAGAACAGCAUCCCGCAGGCGACCGUGGAUUACAUUGAGGCCCUGGCGCUCAUGUUCUGCACGUUCAAGACCUCCAUGUACGCCGGUGCCCUCCCUAGGAGGCUCCGCCUGCUCAUCCCCAAACCCUGGCAGGACUUCUGCAGGUCCUGGGAUGGACUCUUCGAAUUCAGCCAAAUUCAUGUUGACAACAAGCUGAGGGACAUAAGGAGCCAGAUGGAAAGAGGGGAGAGAGUGAUAGGAGGGCUGCUCACCCACCUCUUCCUCAGCCGGGAACUGACCCUGGAGGAGAUCUACGCCAACAUGACCGAGAUGCUGCUGGCCGGCGUAGACACGACAUCGUUCACGUUGUCCUGGGCAGUGUACCUCCUCGCAAGGCACCCAGAAGUGCAGCAGGCCCUGUACCGGGAGAUCGUGAGGAAUCUGGGGAAAAAGCAUGUUCCCAUGGCCGCAGACGUCCCCAAAGUCCCGCUGGUCCGAGCUCUGCUUAAGGAAACCUUGAGGCUGUUUCCAGUGCUGCCGGGGAACGGCCGGGUCACCCAAGAGGACCUGGUUGUUGGCGGGUAUCUGAUUCCCAGAGGCACCCAGCUGGCCCUCUGCCACUAUGCCACAUCCUAUGAGGAUGCGAACUUCCCUCGGGCCAAGGAGUUCCGGCCUGAGCGCUGGCUGCGGCAAGGAAACCUGCGCAGGGUUGACAAUUUUGGGUCCAUCCCCUUUGGCUAUGGGGCUCGAAGCUGCAUCGGGCGGAGGAUUGCAGAGCUAGAGAUCCACCUGCUCGUGAUCCAGUUGCUUCAACAUUUUGAGAUCAAAACGUCUCCUUGGACUAAAACUGUUCAUGCAAAAACCCAUGGGCUUCUGAUGCCAGGGGAGCCCAUCCACGUGCGUUUUGUUAACAGGAAGUGA